CUUACUGCAACGCUAGACAAAAACGCUCCAUAGCCUACCACAAUGGGAUAAAAAUAUCAAAUUAAGUUACUUCUCCAACGGUCCCCUGGAAGGAUCCUAAAUUGAUUGCGCGCUCAUUUAGACAGGAAACUAUUUUUUUUUUAAACCCGCACCAUUAAAAUAAGGAAGUGGACUCGUUUGUUGUUUAGCCCUGUUUGUAAGCUAAAAAAACGACAGUUUUUAAGAUACAACUGGACACAUCGGGGCUAUACUUGUAGGAGAGCUCACCCUUCCUGAAACAGCAGCGCAACAGGUGCAUCCAUCCACCCAUCUGGGCUUUGGGAAAGCUUCGUCAUCAAUCAUUAAUGAGAUGCUAAUGAGACCGCGGAGCUAAGUCAAGCUUGAGAGAGGGUGUGUGUAGGGGGGAGUUAGUGAAGUGACUUGCGGAAGGUUGGGGAGUCUGUCAGUUGUCGUUGCAUGAAAUCAAAAUCACUUCUCGGACGUGAAGAUGAUUGGAGACAUGUCCCCAUCUGUAUCCCCCCGUUUUUUCUCGAUGAAGGAGGUCUCACGGCACUGCACUAAGGACUCGUGUUGGGUACUGCUGGGCACAAGGGUUUACGAUGUGACGGGCUUCCUCACAAGGCACCCCGGCGGCGAGGCGCUCAUCCUGCGCCGCUCAGGGACGGACAUCAGCCAACAGUUGGACGGACCCCCACACCGGCAUUCAGUGAACGCUCGGCGCUGGUUGGAGCAGUACUACAUCGGGGAACUUGACAGAGAUGAUGGCGAUGACACACAGGCUCCCAGGCAAAGGAUUAAAGGCAAAGAACUCACAGGGGAAGAAACAGGACUCAGCAGAUGCAGCAAAGUCGACCUGGAGACGGAUCUGGUGGACUGGCGUAAGCCUCUGGCUUGGCAGGUGGGUCAUCUGGGGGAGAAGUAUGACGCGUGGGUGCACCAGCCUGUGGACCGGCCCAUACGCCUGUUCGAGUCAGAGUUCCUGGAGGCCAGAACCAAGACGUCAUGGUAUAUGGUUCCACUGGUCUGGUUGCCUGUGGUGUUCUUCCUGAGUUGGUACUGCUUGACACUUCUUGCCCAGGAGAAAACCAGAUUGCACCUCACUUCAAAUUACUCCAUCCUGGUCCAUAAGUACAGUUUCCCCGUGAUCUUCCUGCUUGGCAUGUUCCUGUGGUCCUUCAUAGAGUACUGCAUCCAUCGUUUUGUUUUCCACAUGACCCCACCGGCGCACAAUUACUAUCUCAUCACGAUCCACUUCCUGCUCCAUGGACAACACCACAAAUCUCCAUUCGAUGGGUCUCGUCUGGUCUUUCCUCCUGGUCUGGCCUCCUUUGUGGUCGGCACGUUCUACCUGACCCUGCGGUUCUUCUUCUCAGAGGGGUUGGCGAUGUGUCUGUUUGUGGGGGGCUUGUGUGGAUAUGUGGUCUAUGACAUGAUCCAUUACUACCUGCAUUACGGAUCUCCACGCAAAGACUCCUACAUGUAUGGGCUCAAGGCGUACCACGUGAAGCACCACUUUGAGCACCAAAGAGCAGGGUUUGGGAUCACCACCACAUUCUGGGACCACCCCUUCAACACAGUCAUCCCAUCUGAAGAGGCCUUCUGAGGAGGAAGGCACCGGAGACAACCCAACCACAAACAGACUCACACACACAUUCACACACACACACACACACACACACACCCACCCACCC